GUUGCCUGAGAGUAAGGCAGCUGACAAUACUAGAGAAGAAAACAAAUUCUCAUCAUAAUCACUUGUUAAAAACACUGUGACAGCAUCAUAAGCUUGUGAUUACUACAGUGAAAACAUUUACUCUGCUUUGGUAUCUUGUUUCUUAUAUUGCUUGUUUAUGUUUUUGCAGUGUUCAUCAGAUUCAAAUGUGGACACAUUGUUGGAAGAGGCAGACAAAAUUCAGAGCUCAAAAAAUGGCUUUAAAAAGAAUGCACCAGCCAAGAAGCAAGUUCGUUUUAACAUGGAAAGAAAUAAAGAACACUUUUACAGUUAUGCUCAGGGAUCAGAUGACGACAUUUCUUGUGACCUUAUGAGCAAUGUUAAUUUUGUGGAUUACAAAUUUAAUGAUAACAGUAUGUAUGAGAAUGAUGAGGAUGAUGAUGAUGAUGAUGAUGAGGACGAUGAGGACUCUGAAGAAGACGAGGAAGAUGAAGAAGACUAUUCAGACCACACUGAUCGGGAGUCCAGUGAAGAUGAUUCUAGAGUGGACAAAUUUGGAUAUUUAGUUGAUAAGAGCACUCCUCCUUUAGAAGUUAAUAACAAUUCAAGUGACUCAAACAUUGGCGUAAAUUCAAAGAAAUUAAAUGGAACUACAGAGUCUGUAAAUGGCAUCUCUGAUGAAGUUGUUGAAAAGCUUAUAGUAAAUGGACCAAUGGAUCAUCAGGAAGUACAGAAUGGAAAAUUAUAUGAGGAAAAAAGAUUGCUAGACCUUAGAACACAGGUUCUUCACUUGGAGUCAUCUCUAAGAGCCAAAGAAGAUACAGUUGAGAAUGAAAUGUCCAAUUUAAGCUCCAAGCUGAAGAAAACAAGAGAAGACACAAAACAAGAGAUGGACAAAUUGCAAAAGGAGUUAGAGGACAGGAAAAGACAUUACAUCACUGAAAUGGAGAAUAUUGAUAGAAGAAGAGAGGAACAGAAGAGAAAGUUUGAAGAGGAACUUGAGGAAUUUAGAAAUGAAAAGAAGCUAGAGGAGAGAAGGCAAAGAUACUAUGAACAUGAGGUAUGCCAGCCAUUUUAUAAAGCAAGAUUGUUUUGGCCAAAGAACUAUACAGUGGACCAGACUAGAGCCGAAACCCCGGCCGAAGUUCAGCACAAAAGUAGUGCUAAUACUGUGUUUCUUUUUUUUUUCUUUUUAAUGCAGAUUCGUGAAUAUGAAGAAUACUUAAACCGCCGUCAUGCUGUGUGUAAUGGCAAAGAGGAGGAUUUAGAUGUUCUACAAAAUGAACUGGAUACUCUAGCAAAAGAACUGGAGGCGAAGAAGGCAAAGUUACUCCACAAACAUCAACUUGUGCAUCAGAGCUCAGAGGAAGACAUGGCGGUAUCAACCCCUCCCCUCAGAGUCAGGAGUUCGAGCCGAGCGAGUGUGGCUAGUAAAGGAGUGGACUUGAGGAUUGAGGAACUCAAAUCACAGAAUCGUCAAUUGCUAGAAGAACUGUUUACGUUAAAGAAAGCUAUUGAGGGUAAAGACGAGGAACUCUCAGAGUUGAAAGAAAAGUUGGAAGUUUCUGAAAACGAGAGCAAGCGUCUUCAGCAGAGAACGAAGCACUUGGAAACUCAGUUAGAACUAGCGAGAAAAUCGGCCGAGUUAGGCACUGAUAGCAUCUCCGUGGAUGAGAUUAUGCGGAAGACCACCCAGGACAUGCGGAGCGCCCGGAACUCCAGGAUUAUCCGGCCUUCCCGGGCAGUGGCUCCGUCCCCUUCGGUAUCAUCGUCGCCGGGUUUCAAACUUCCACGGAUUUCUUCAAACGAUUCUCUGGGGACUAAAAAUACCAGCAGUACGGACUCCGGUAAAGGUACCAAGGAAUCUGGGGUGAAGGGCUCCAAAGGAUCUGCGAGUAAGAAAAAUAAAGACGAAGGCAGCGGAAGACACAAGUUAGGAACGGAGAGGAUUACCAGUUCACUGUGCGCAAUCAUGUAGUCAGGCUUAUAAGACACGAAGAAGGGCUUGGUAAACGAAUGAAGUAAUCUGUGUCUAUCUUUUUUCAAAGACUGACUUAAACGUAAAUUUGAAGAAAUGAAAUCUUAUACAUAAUGAUUAGAGGAAAUACAAAUCGGCUUUCUAGUAUCCUGAUAUUUAACAACUGAAACCACUCUCUGUUUUUGUUCGUGACAGAAUGGUCAAAAAUUGGCCUCUACUUGUGCUAAAAUAACAAAGUUGAAUCCGAGCUGCCUCUCACGUAAGUUUGGAAUUGAGGCUAAUUGUAAACCUUUCACUUGAAACAGAGUUCAUAUGAAAAUAACUUGAGAUCAUAAAUCAAAUGAAUGAUUUUCGAGCUUUUGGUUUCGAAUAACGGGAAGAGCUGAAAUGGUCCAUUCUACAUUUGCAUGCAUGUCAAUCUCUUUAAUCUUUGCGCAUCGUGAUUUGCAUCCGUUGUCCAGUAGUCCAUUCCUUGACGUAUAUCUAUAACAUUGACGAAACACCGUUGGCGAAUUAUUUAUGUUGCAAAUUAUAGCGGCAGUGCGGCUGAACUGCAGGCACUUGUCUCUUUAUCCACAAAGCCUGAGCACCAGUGAAAAAGAGAUGAAAUUGUACAAUCAUGAUUAAAUCUAAUUAAACGAUUUUCGGUUUAAGAAAGUAUAGUAUGUUUUCACGGGUCAGGCUUAGAGAGACUUUCGAUCAAACGAGCGGCCACUAUAUUAAAUCCCAAACCAUUUAACAAGGUAUUUAUUUUGUGGGUUUUGUUCGUACAUUUUCGUUUGUAGAAAGGCAUUUGUUACAUGGCUUAUCAUGUGACUGUUAUUUUCCCACGAACAACUAGCCAAUCAGUGUUUAAAACUGUAUGACGUACUGUCAUGUGACAUCGCUCUUAAAAUAACGCGGCCUGGUGCAAGACAAUCGAGCAAUAAAUCUUGACAGAGAUAAAUCAACAACACAUUUGAUUAUAAUAUUUAAGAUGUUGACAUAAAUGGUAUAUUUUUUUGAGUAUUUUUUGUACUUCCAAAUCGUGGUUGUAAAUAUGUUUUCAUGAGUAUUUAUUGAGAUACGUCCGUUUCCUAGGUCUUGUUUAUAUUUUCGUGUAAUAAGAACAAAUAAAAUACCUAGUGAUUGCCAAAGAAUGA